AUGAUCAAGGGAAAUUUCACUGCGUUUUCUGGCUUUACUCUCCUGGGAUACUCAGAGCUUCUCAAUCUGCAAGGUUUGCUCUUUGCUCUGUUCUUCUUCAUUUAUGCAGGCAUCAUAUUAGGAAAUGGACUGAUCAUUUAUGUUACGGGAACUGACCCUGCCCUUGACAAUCCUAUGUAUUUCUUUUUGAAAAGUCUCUCUUUUCUGGAGAUUUGCUAUACCUCAGUCACUAUCCCAAAGAUACUGGUCAAUUUAGUAGUGGAAGAUCAGACCAUAUCCUUCAUUGGUUGUGCUGUCCAGAUCUACUUCAUGCUUUUACUAGGAGGGACUGAGUGCUUGCUACUGGCUGCGAUGGCUUAUGACCGCUAUGUGGCUAUAUGUCAUCCCUUGCACUACAAGAUCAUUAUGAAGAAACCAUUAUGUGUAGGACUGAUUACCGGGUCACUGACUGUCAACAUACCUAUGUAUGCAGGGCAUAUAUACAUGGUGUUUUCCUUGCCAUUCUGUGCCUCUCAUGAAAUCAACAACUUUUUCUGUGAUGUCCCCCCUUUGCUUGAUUUGGCUUGUGCUGACACUUACAAAAGUAAAGUAUUUGUGUUUGUAGAUGGCAUACUAUUUCUAAUCAUUCCGUUUUUCCUUAUACUUAUGUCAUAUGUGAAAAUUAUCUCUACUAUUCUGAAGAUGCCUUCUGUGGAUGGUCGGAAGAAAGUUUUUUCCACUUGUUCCUCACACCUCACUGUGGUAUCUCUUUUCUAUGGCUCAGCAAGUAUUGUUUACUUGAGUCCCAGGUCAAAGGAGACUAUGGAGAUUAACAAAUUGUUUUCCUUGUUCUAUAUAAUUGUAGUGCCUAUGUUCAACCCUAUCAUAUAUAGCCUGAGAAAUAAAGAAGUAAAAGUAUCAUUAGGGAAGCUGUUUAGUAGAAAAGUUGUUCUCUAG